CGCGAUGACGCCAGCAUGCGAUGGGAAGGAACGUAAACAGCUAGCAAUUAGCUUUCCUUAACCGAAUCAAUAAUGGAUACGCAGAAAGAUCUGCAACCGCCCAAGCAGCAGCCUAUGAUCUACAUAUGCGGAGAAUGCCACACUGAAAAUGAAAUUAAGGCCCGUGAUCCCAUCCGAUGCAGGGAGUGUGGCUACAGAAUCAUGUACAAGAAGAGAACAAAAAGAUUGGUGGUUUUCGAUGCCCGGUGAACAGGAGGGCCGCCAUUCAGAUCAUGUUUGUGUUUUUGUUAUGUGCUAUUUUUGCAGUGCAUGACUUUGUAAAUAAACAGGGCAGUAACCCCACAACCUUUGACCUACACCAGGCUUGGCCACACAUUUUUUAAUUCUGGUUACACGGGACUCUUUUUUUUUUUAAUAAAGCACCAUUACAUUAGUCAGUGCUGAUCAUUUUUUAUCCUGUUUUUAUCCUUUUAUCAUUUUUACCUGAUUGUGAUGGAUGAAAGGUUUAUGAUAAAAU